AUGUCAAAGCGAGCCCGAGGAGAUAAUCUAAUUCGGCUCGGUGCCAAGAAAUUACACCGAAACUCUGUUAAUCCGGUUACAAUCCCAGAUAAGAAGGCCGAUAAGCUUUGUGGGAUCAGCACCGAAACAAUCCCUUUAGCGUUGUUUAGGCCUCCCUCACUGUCAGUUUUGUCCCACGACCGUUUUGGUGAACCGUCGUUUCGAUGGGAUCCGCCCAUUUUGGCGAGCGAUCGACCAAUCAGCGUUGUCGCCGGGAUCGAAAAGCGGUUCGCGGUCUUCCUCUAG